AUGAAAUUUGUUCCAGUAAUUUAUUUAUGCAAACUUAUAUUUUUUGUGAAAUUAAUUCUAUGUGAGAUGAAUGUUACCAUGAACAUAAUUAUUCCAACCAUAAUCAUUCGUCCUUAUCCAAAUUUACCAUUAACAGAGCAAGUUAUGUAUGAUUUAAAAAAUAAUAUGAGAAAAGCAAAUGAAAUGAAUGAUUUUGUUGAUGAUGAUGAUGAUGAUUAUAAUGAAGAUGAUGAUAUUGAAAUUAGUGAACCAUUAACAACAUCUACGAAAUCAACAACAACAACAACAACAUUGGAAAUAAAUAUUGUUAAUUGA